AUGUUGCCACCGCCAGUUUUGCCUUAUGCGCUGAACGCGCUCGAGCCGCAUAUCGGGGCUCAGCAACUCGAUUUACACUUCAACCGACACCACAUGACGUACUACAACAACUUCGACGUUGUGACAGGCAAGUUGGAAGUGCGUGAGUCGCACGACGCGCAAACGCCGGUGGAGUGCGGGAAGCUCAAGCCGAUUUUGACGUUGGACGUGUGGGAACACGCAUACUACGUGGAUCGCCAAAACCGUCGCGCGGAGUACGUCAACGCGUGGUGGAGCGUGGUGAACUGGCACUGG